AAGAUCCAUUCCCAAUUCAAGAUAUAGUUUUCAAAUUUCCAAGUGGUGAAAACAUAAAACUUAUAUCAAAAUUUUUAAGUGCUUCAAGCAUCAAAUUAUAAUCCUAGAACUUGCUCAGUAUUAGCAUGUCUGCAGUGUAAAUAAAACCAAGCAUGAACCAUAAAUGGAUAGUCAAUAAAAAACAGACCGAGUAGCACUGGCAACUGAGGCUUGUCCAACCUUAAGAAGAAGAAGAAGAAAAAUAAAAAUUCAAGUCUUUUGAAUUCAUUAAUUAUAAAAAUCAUAUUAAUUAAUUAAUCAACAAAAAUUAACAUAGAAACAUCAAAAUCAGUGACAUUUGGAAAACAAUCGCAAACAAAAAUUCAACCAAACUAAUCAGCAGAAACCAUCGAAUUGAGAACAUCAAUUAAAAUUGAAGAAUAAUUACUUACUUAGAAAAUUGAAAAAUCAUAAACUACUAAUAAUUUAAUAUGAAUGAAAAUUAUUGAAGUAAUUUCAUUCUUAAAAUCAAAUACUGUGUUUCAGGUCAAUAAACGUCUUAAUUUAUUAAAAAUUGUUUUUCAGAAUAACUAAACAUUAGUUGUGCUGUAUUUUCUUUUUCUAGGUUGUGUGUGUGUGUGUAUAGUAAUUAGCAGGUUGACAUAUAUUUAUAUAUUUUAUUUUUAGCAUCACUUCAGUAAGACUGGGAUAAAAUUCUAUUAGAUUCAGUAUUUAGAAGACCUGCAAACAUUCUAUUACUUUUAACUAGAGCAAUUAUUUACGGACUACGUACGAUUAGCAUAAAUUUCUUACCUCUAAAAGUAUUUUUAAUGUUUUUUUUUUACUUUCAAGCAGGAAAUAACGCUUUUUCUUUUAACAAACAGUGCCAAAGUAUUUUGUUCAUCAGGAGGCCGUUUUCUCUUUUACUGUGUCAAAAAGUUAAACAUCACAAUUCGACUCAUGUUAUCAUUUUUAAGUUAAGUUUUUCAAUGAAACUCUAGAUAUUAAUAUAAACAUUCUUGUGAGCUUGUUGUGAAAAUUUUAGACAACCAUUUUCACUUUUUGCGUAUGAACCUUUGUCCCAAGAAUUUCAGAUCGACAAGUGCUUGGAAUGCACCCAUCUGGGUAGUUCCAAAAGCUAAAUUUCGUGUAGUAAUUGACUAUAGACGCCUUAAAGAAAAAAAUAUUAACGACAAAUACCCUCUACCUAAUGUAACAGACUUAUUAGACAAGUUAAACAGAUGCCAAUAUUUUACAACUUUGGAUCUAGCCUCAGGAUUCCAUCAGCUCGAAAUGGCCGAAAAGGAUAUAGAUAAAACAGCUUUUAGUACCGAAUCCGGACACUGGGAGUUUCUCAGAAUGCCAUUCGGAUUGAAAAAUGCCCCAGCAACUAUCCAGAGGGCUAUGGAGAAUAUACUGCGAGGUAUAUAAAACGAAAAACGCCUUGUCUAACUUGAUGAUAUAAUCGUUUUCUCCACUUCACUGCAAGAGCAGAUAGAGGGACUAAAAUGUGUAUUUGAUCGACUCAGAGAAUCCAAAAUCCAGUUGGAUAAAUCAGAAUUGCUUAUCUUGGGCAUGUAGUCACCCCUGAUGGAAUGAAAUGCAACCCAGAUAAAAUAAAAGCCAUUAAAAAUUAUCCUAUACCCAAGACCACAAAACAAAAUAAAAGGAUUCCUAGGACUGAAUUUUGGGAAAAAAUUGAUGAUAUUUUACAUUGCGAUUUAGAUAUCGAUGACGUGCUAUUUUCAUCCCAAUCACAACGAAGUCUCAAUACACCUUCACCAACUACAAUCGAAAAUCAGCUAAAAACCCCGACCUAGGCUCUAUAUCCUAUAGACGUUGUUCAAAUAGUUGCGUACCGAUACAGCAUAAUGUGGAGGCGCACCAUCUUGCUGCAGCCUUAAAUCAUUUCUGUUUGGAAACAGGUAGCAAAAAGUUUUGAAGAAAUUCUAAAUAUCAAGGUUUCUUCGAAAAAGUAUGGCCUAAUAAUCCUAUUAUGUAAUAUUCCCGCCCAAGCAUUACGUACAUUUAUUGUAUUUAAAAGACCUUUCAAAUAAUGUAUUACAACACCCACAUUUCCAUUUAAUAAUUUUAGCGAUGACGUCAUCACGCUCUUUAGAUGACGUCAAAAAUAAAAAGAUAUCCUUAUGAAUAGCCUGUUUAAAAAUAAAAAUCGACGGGUUUCGGGAUUUUUCCUUAAAGUCGCCGGCUUAGGAAAUAACAAAUUUAUUCUUUUCUUUCGCGCCGUACUGUAUAUUGAAAGUAUUAUUUAUCAAGAGUCAAAAAGUAUAUACCACAAUUUGAUAUUGAGAAGUCACAAAUGGUCUGUAAUUUUUAUAAGAAAUUCUUUUUCUUACCGUACAUUCAAGUUUUUGUUUUGAGGAAGAUAUUUUCAACCCAAUGAUAUUAAAAACAAUCUGUUACUAAACUUGACAAUAAAAAAUUGAAUUUUUACACAAAUCCGCAGCACGCACGAUCCAGCAAAUCUAUUGUUAAAAUUUCUGCGGCUUAUUUGUUUCAUCACCGGGUUUAUUUUGAUUCUAUGUUUGGAGGAAUUAAAUAAAGCCAACUGAAUUUUCUGGCACCUAUUUCUUUCUCCAGGAAUACUUAAAAAUAGAGAUAGCUGGACAAUUCUGGGCCACUUGGCGUACAAUGUUUUUUUCUUAUUAUCACACACUGACCACUGACAUGUCUGACCAACAAUUCGUUCUCAGAUGGCAUUACCACGAAAAUACGUUGGUUCACAAUUUCCCGUGUUUUUUGGAUGGAGAUAUUCUGACGGAUGUCACUCUCUCGGUUGGAAGCCACCAUGUUAAGGCACAUAAAAUUAUUCUGGCCAUGUGCAGUGUAUAUUUUCUUCAAUUGUUCCAGGAGAUGAAAUCAGCACAUCCAGUAGUAAUUUUACAUGAUGUUAGUUUCGAUGAAUUGAAAGCAAUAUUGUCUUUUAUGUAUAGAGGUCAGUGUGUGGUUGCGCAGGACCAAUUACCGAGUUUACUUUCCGUUGCCAAACUUUUGAAAAUUCAAGGACUUUGUGAUAUGAAGGUACCUAAUAAUCGACUACGAAGUGAGAUUAUAUCAAACGACCAGUUUCUACCAGUGACUAACAAAGUCAACGACGAAAAUUAUCAUGGGCACGAUAAUGACAACAAAUUACAAGAUUCAAAUCUAACUGAAAAUAAUAAUUACAAAAGACAUUGUCCUCAAAGGCAAGAAUAUAGUGAUAUUCGUAAUCACAAACCGUCAAACUACUACGAUGACAAUGUUAUACCAAUGAUAAAAGAUUCCAUCGAACCCAUUCCCAUGAAAGUUAACGACUCUUACUUAUUUCCUCGAAAACAUUCUUCCAAGGAUUCAUCAGAAACGUGCAAGUGCUUUCUUUGUGGAAAGUAUCUGAGUAAUCAAUACAAUCUUCGGGUGCAUAUGGAAACGCACGAAGAAGCAUAUCAUGCCUGUCAAUCUUGCCCACACGUAUCUAGGAGUAGAGAUGCUCUGCGAAAACAUGUUUCAUAUCGUCACCCUGAAGAGUAUUACAAUAAAAAAAGGAAGAAAAUCGAUACAUGAUAUUUUUAUUCAAAUUAAAAUUGUACUUAGAA